GUCCAGCGACGGUCCGCAUGGUGUCCAGUAACGGCCCCCCUGUGCCGAUGCCCAUGCAGGUGCCUCCAGGACAUAUGGUGCAGCAGAUCGUCGACGAGCACGGUAUCCUCACACACGUCAUUCUGUCUCCCCAGCCACCGCCAGGACCUGCAGCACCCAUGCCCGUGGGACCUUACGGCGGCCCGGGCAGCGGGAGCCAGUAUUACACCACCUACGGCGCCCCUCAUUACGCCCCUGGCCCCCCUCAGUACCCGCAUCACCCGCACCCCCACCCAGUGCCCCCACACAUGCACGGAGGCAUCCCCCACGUCAGCUCCCCUGGGCCAGGCAGCUGUACCAACCAUGUCCCAGUACAGACUCAGGCGGAGUAUGGUAAGUACAGUGUGAGCCCACCACUAAACUCCACAGAUGACAGAACCCUGCGCACACGGAAUAGAGUCCGCAAAAAACUGCAGCGUCGCAUCAACCUGAAUGAUGGUUACUACCCCAACACAUCUCGACCACUGUCUGGCAGGCGAAAUAGAAUUAUUGGAAUGAACGGGGAUAUUGGGAUGCAUGUGGAGCCUGGACUGAUACAUGGGCAUUGCAUGGCACAGGAGAAUGGGCCUUUGGAUGUGGAGGAAGAGAACUCCUUGAUUAUACAGUGUCUGUCAUCUAUGCCGACACCCAAGGUGACAGAUGUGGAAGCUCGCAGCAGCUUGAUUCAGUUGUCGCCACCUGACUGUGAUGCUUUUGAGGUCGACCUCGACCCCUAUGAACUUAAAUAUGAGCUACUGCUGUCAGACAAAGGACGAGAUGCAAAGUACAAGACAGUCUUUUGUGGUGAUGCAUCAGAAAUUACACUGAAAGAUCUAAAACCUGCCACAGAGUACCACUUGAAGGUGUGUGCAGUUCUCACAGAUGACCUCAAAGGUGCAUUAACAGAACCUGUGAGCUUCCAGACCUUGCCAUGUGAACCUGAACCUCCUCAACCCCCUAAACUCAUCUCCAAGACCAAAACCUCUUUGUCUCUCAAGUGGAAUGCCACAUGUGACAAUGGCUCCAAGAUCACAGCUUACUGCCUGGAAAGUGACCAGGGACAGGGCGAUGGCAGGUUCUAUGAGGUGUAUCUGGGUUUACAACGCCAGUACAGAGCCACCCAUCUCAGUGCUUCCACUAGAUAUAUGUUCCGUCUUAUGGCAAUCAACUCAAUAGGAAAAAGUUCUUUUAGUGAAGAGGUCUCAUUCUUCACAAGCGGAACAGUGCCAUCCCAGCCGGACCCACCCAUGCUGUCAGAGCAGUAUGUCUAUGCCCUGACCAUCUCCUGGAUACGGCGACCAAAUGAUGAUGAGUUUUUGCUACAGAUGGAGGACGAGGCUACGGGUCAUGGGUUUAUCACAGUCUACAAUGGUCAAAAUUUGUCACACAUGGUGAGAAGCUUGCGGAGGCACACAGAAUACAGGUUCAGACUGUGUGUCAAAAACGAGGAGGGUCAGAGUAAAUGGAGUGAAAUAGUUACUUACAAAACACAACCAGAGCGACCUCAAGCACCUGGUAAACCUCAGAUCAAGGGGAAAAUUAACCCAUACUCAUUUCGUGUCACCUGGGAUCCACCCCAGGAUACAGGUGGAACUGAGAUAACCAGAUACAUUGUGGAGUUGGAUGAUGGGCAAGGUUAUGAUACUGUCUAUGAGGGCUCGGAACGGGAGCACCUGUUUGAUCACCUAAUUCCAGGCCAUGUUUACCACAUCCGCGUGGCCUGCUGCAGUGCUGCUGGGAGGAGUGAUUUCUCUGACAGCUGCGUAGCUACUACAUUACCAGUCACACCUUCUCAGUGCCAGGUCCCCAAACUUCAGGGAAAACCUAAAGCCACAUCACUACACCUGCGAUGGGGUUACCCAGAUUAUGAUGGGGGUUCACAAGUUACAAUGUUUGCUGCUCAAAUGAUCUCCCCUGACAACACGACAAGGGAAGUCUACAAGGGCCACGACAAGGACUGUAUUGUUACUGGUCUCUUGCCUGGACGGCCAUACUUAUUUCAAGUCAGAGCUUUCAACAGAGCUGGGGCUGGUCCCUGGUCAGAACCGCUGGAGGUCGUCAGUGGGGCCGGGGUCCCAGAUGCCCCCAAGGCCCCCCAGGUGCUGUGCCGGUCAGCACACUUUGCACUAGUCACAUGGGAGGAGCCGUUUAAUAAUGGGGCCAGUGUCAGUGAGUACCGCCUGGAGUGGCAACAGAGAUCUGAAGCUAGCGAAUUCGCUCAGUUAUAUAUGGGACCAAACCAAAGUUUUGAAGUGAAAGGAUUGAUGCCAGCCACUCUGUACACAUUUAGAGUACAAGCAAUCAACAGUGCAGGACCAGGUCCCUUCUCUUCAACCACCUCUUGCAUGACGCCACCCUCCAGCCCAUCUACGAUUGUGACCAUUAGGGUCAAGCCCAGCGCCACAUCCGCUGUGUUGUCCUGGCACGAGCCCAGCUGUAAUGGCAGUGAUAUCACCUCAUAUAACAUUGUCGUCAACGACAAGCCACCCAUUAUAGUGGACCCAGUCACAGAGUUCCUGCUGGAGGAUCUGCUCCCAGAGACAACUUACAA